CCGCAGGCGCCCCCCGGCCCCCCGCCAUGGCGCAGACGCUGCAGAUGGAGAUCCCCAACUUCGGCAACAGCAUCCUGGAGUGCCUGAACGAGCAGCGCCUGCAGGGGCUCUUCUGCGACGUGUCCGUGGUGGUGAAGGGCCACGCCUUCAAGGCCCACCGGGCCGUGCUGGCCGCCAGCAGCUCCUACUUCCGAGACCUCUUCCACAGCUCCAAGAGCGCCGUGGUGGAGCUGCCGGCCGCCGUGCAGCCCCAGUCCUUCCAGCAGAUCCUCAGCUUCUGCUACACCGGCCGCCUCAGCAUGAACGUGGGCGACCAGUUCCUGCUCAUGUACACGGCGGGCUUCCUGCAGAUCCAGGAGAUCAUGGAGAAGGGCACCGAGUUCUUCCUCAAGGUCAGCUCGCCCAGCUGCGACUCGCAGGGCUGCACCGGCGACGACACGCCGGGCUCGGAGCCGCAGAGCCCGGUGGCGCAGACGUCGGCGGGCGCGCCGGGCUGGGCGGCAGCGGCGGCGCUGCCCUUGGUGUCGCGGGUCAAGACGGAGCAGGGCGAGCCCGACGGCGUGCAGUGCACCUUCGUGGUCAAGCGCCUCUGGGACGGGGCCGCCAAGGGACGGCGGUGGGGCGGUGGCGGGCGGGGCAACGGCAGCAGAAAAAUGGCCAAAUUCUCCGAGGCGGCGCCGCGCCCGCCGCAGCCGCCCAACGCCGCCAACGCCGCCGGUGCCGCCGCCAACGCCGUCCCGGCGCCCGGCGCCGACCAGACCAGCCCGGGCGGCACCUCCAGCGCCUACACCAGCGACAGCCCCGGCUCCUUCCACAACGAGGAGGACGAGGAGGAGGACGCGGGCGAGGAAGGCUCGGACGAGCAGUACCGGCAGAUCUGUAACAUGUACACCAUGUACAGCAUGAUGAACGUGGGGCCCCGCAGGUGAGCCGCAGAGAAGGUGGAGGCCCUGCCCGAGCAGCCCCCGCCGGAGCCGCGGGCCCGCGCCCGCCUGCGCCAGGACCUGGCGUCGCUGCCGGCCGAGCUCGUCACCCAGAUCGGCAACCGCUGCCACCCCAAGCUCUACGACGAGGGCGACCCCGCCGAGAAGCUGGAGCUGGUCACCGGCACCAACGUGUACAUCACGCGGGCGCAGCUGAUGAACUGCCACGUCAGCGCGGGCACGCGGCACAAGGUGCUGCUGCGCCGCCUGCUCGCCUCCUUCUUCGACCGGAACACGCUGGCCAACAGCUGCGGGACCGGGAUCCGCUCGUCCACCAACGACCCCAGCAGGAAGCCGCUGGACAGCCGGGUGCUGCACGCCGUCAAGUUUUACUGCCAGAACUUCGCGCCCAACUUCAAGGAGAGCGAGAUGAACGCCAUCGCGGCCGACAUGUGCACCAACGCGCGGCGCGUGGUGAGGAAGAGCUGGAUCCCCAAGCUGAAGCUGCUCAUGGCCGAGGGCGACUCCUACACCUCCUUCAUCAACGACACCGGCAAGCUGGAGCCCGACAUCAUGGGCCCCGAGCCCCCCUUCGAGGCGGGGGGCCCCGAGCCCGAGGGGGGGCCCGCAGGGGAGGGGCUGCAGUGACCCCCGAGCCCGCCCUGGGGACCCCUCCCCACCCCCCCCAAUUGGGGAGGGGGAGGGGACUCGGCCCUAAACUGGGGGACACCGCCCCUCCCCCCCCAGGAAUAGGAAGCCCCCCCAGAUGGGGGCACCCCCCAGUGAGGGCGUAGGG